CGGAUUUCGGGUGGGCGAAAACAUUACGCGCUAGUGAUGGCAGAGCCUGAAGCAACAGCCUCGCUGUACAGGCUCCCAGCCGACAGAGCGGGCAGAGGCUGCUGAAAACGACACGUCACGUAUACAAGACGCGCUGCCUUCUCUUCAUGAUUGGGUUCGUUUAGACGGUCGUCCAGCGGGUACAGUGCGCCCGUCCGUCUGAUGGAGGAGUCUGUACGCGCGAUUGGAGCCUGUCGUCAAGGGAACGGUGAUAUUUCUCCCUUCGACCUCACAGAUUCAGGAAAGGCUGCUGAAGCUCAACAAGCAGAGAAUUCCAUUAUCAUCUUUGAAGGCUUUCUGCUAUGCUUGAAGACCUACAACAGAGGGCCUAAGUGAGGCGACCUGUGGACUGACUGACAGUCAGUGAAGAGGCACUCUUCUGUAUGAUUUUGCUCUCCUAAUUGCUUUCAGAACUAUUUUGUGGAGAGGCCAAGUUACAAAGACGUCAUAUUGAUCAUGGCUGUUUCAUUUGGAAAGAACACAGACUCUUAUGUUUUACCGCAAAACAAGCUUGACUGUCCCCACAGACUCUCAAUGUGAAGAGGACGGAGCAGUGAGUCUCUGUCUAUCAAAGAGAGUUCCAAACAUUGACCUUCUGGACCCCUUGACCCCUGAUGGGAACAAUGUAGCUGUGUAUUCUUUUUUUUCUUUGUAAACAAAAGAUCUUCUCCCAAAGUGUCUUAUAGCUAGUUCACACGUGGGGGACUGCUUCCCAGGCACUUGUCUUUUCUCAGCUGUUACGGGAGGUCUGCUGCUCUUGUGUGGAGGUGAAGAAAUGGCUCGGCCUGGUUCAGGAGUGCUGGUGUCAGUCGGAGGGGGCCUGGGUUACCCCUCUCAGAGCAUGGCCCGUGUGGUUGUGUGGGAGUGGCUGAAUGAACAUGGGCGCUGGAGACCGUACGGUGCAGCCGUGUGCCACCACAUUGAGAACAUUCUUAAGGGCGAUGCACGUGGGACCGUCAUUCUGGGCCAAGUAGACCCCCAGCUCGCACCCUAUGUUAUAGACCUGCAGUCCAUGCACCAGUUCAGACAGGACACAGGCACGAUGCGCCCAGUACAGCGUAACUUCUAUGACCCAUCCUCAGCCCCUGGUAAAGGGGUGGUAUGGGAAUGGGAGAAUGACAACGGCUCCUGGACUCCCUAUGAUAUGGAGCUGUGUGUGAGCAUCCAGAAUGCCUAUGAGAAACAGCACCCAUGGUUGGACCUCAGCUCGCUGGGCUUCAGUUACCUGGUGGACUUUGACAGCAUGGCCCAGACAAACCGGCAGAGCCAGAGGAGGCGCCGCAUUCGUCGGAGGAUGGACCUGGCCUACCCCCUCAUUGCCGGCUCCAUCCCCAAGUCCCAAUCAUGGCCCGUGGGCACUAGCUCCGGCACGCCCUGCUCCUGCCAGCAGUGCCUGCUGGUGCACAGCACGCGCGCUGCCUCCAACGCCAUCCUGGCCUCACAGCAGAGGAGGAAACUGUACGGCAUGGCAGCUGCAGCAGGGGCAGGGGAUCAGAUGGCCCCUGCAGUCCGACAGAGCAACACGUUUGCCGGCACCACCCUUUGGUCAUCUACGGCAGCAGUGGCUGGGGGUCACCAUAAUAACAUAGCGGUGGGCGGGGGAAGAGGUGGGAAAGUGGAGAUGAGUACACUGAACUUCCCAUGUGCCCCAGCACUCAUAACGCUUCCGGCAACUCACACAUUGACGAUUAAUGGGCAGAACAAUCUGAACCGCCCAGGAACGCAGCGCAUCGUGGUGUCAACCAGUCGUGGAAGUAUUCCACCAGGGGUACCCGCACUACCUGUGAAAAACCUCUCUGGCUCGGGACCUGUUCAUCCAGCUUUAGCAGGGAUGACGGGUAUUCUGAUGUGCGCUGCUGGGCUGCCUGUGUGUUUGACUCGUGCCCCCAAGCCCAUUCUGCACCCUCCGCCAGUCAACAAGAGCGACCUAAAGCCAGUACCUGGAGUCAAUGGCAUCCGCCGCAAGACCAAGAAAAAACACCUCCGCAAGGGCAAAAGCCCAGAGGAUGUGGUGCGCAGAUACACAGAGAAAAUCAAAGUGGCUCCAGAUGAGGACUGUACAAUAUGCAUGGAAAGACUGGUGACAUCAUCAGGCUACGAGGGUGUCCUGAGUCACAACAGCAUUAAGCCAGAUCUGGUUGGCAAGCUAGGCAAGUGUGGCCACGUGUAUCAUCUUCUCUGCCUGGUAGCCAUGUACAGCAAUGGCAACAAGGAUGGCAGCUUACAAUGCCCUACAUGCAAAGCUAUCUAUGGAGAGAAGACAGGUACACAGCCCCCUGGGAAGAUGGAGUACCAUGUUAUUCCCCACAGUUUGCCUGGCUCCCCUGAAUCAAAGACCAUACGCAUAGUCUAUGACAUUCCUGCUGGCAUACAGACCACAGAGCAUCCUAACCCUGGAAAGAAGUUCACCGCACGGGGUUUCCCACGGCACUGCUACCUGCCUGACACAGAGAAAGGCAGGAAGGUUCUGAAGUUGUUGAUCAUGGCUUGGGACAGGCGUCUAAUCUUCACCAUUGGGACGUCCAGCACUACAGGCGAGUCGGACACAGUAGUUUGGAAUGAGGUUCACCACAAGACCGAGUUCGGCUCCAACCUUACUGGCCACGGCUAUCCUGACCCCAACUAUCUGGAUAACGUUCUUGUUGAACUGUCAGCGCAGGGCGUGGGAGAGGACAACCUAAAGGACUGAAGAGAAGACUAUUGUGAGCUGCAGUGUAUCACACACAUGCGCACACAACUCAUACAAACCUUCAAACAUUGGAGGAGCUUCUGCCCUUUAGAGUGACCCCUAACCUGAGGUCAAAAGGGACAGAUGCCUAAAACUGGCAUUUGAAAUACACGUAGACAGAUGAGUCUGUGUGACGUGUUUGGAUACAGGUAAUGCAGUGAUGUGUGAUGAUAACAAAUAUAUCUGAUUCUCUUUCUGAUUGACCACCAGUCAUUAUUACCAUCUGACACAGAGGAAUUGUUUUUUAUCUUUAUAACUUGAACCAAAAAUACUGCAGGAGGCGCUCUUCGUAAGGCCGAGUGAACAACAGACCAUUGCAUGGGUACACACUCACAGGAUAUUGCAGAGGGUUUCAGACAAAUCAAUGAGUCGAUAGGUGAUUUUUUUUUUGAGCCAGGCCUUUGAGGAUAGAUGUGCGUGCGUACGAGGGUUAAAUAGCUUACUAACAGAACUGAGCACCACUGUAUUUUUCAUGCUUGGAUGAUUUGUUGCAGAGACAUUUGAAGCAAAGCUUAUGUCCUGUUGAUUGAUGCUCUCUGAUUGUCCAAUAUAGGACCUGUUUAUGUAUCAGGCACCAAGUUUAAUAGUGUUUGCAUUUGUGAAAUGUGUGCUUUUCCUGAUCUUUAGAUCAAGUUAGCUGGAAUCAG